GAGGAGGUUCCAGAUAUUUCGCAAUGAAAAUAGUAAAUAUAUGAAAUUGACGGGGGUCGUGCGCGAUUGUGCGUUUCAGGUAUUUUUUUCUAAGUCGCGGGCGACGCACUGGCAUUGACAUGAAUCUCAAGCACGCUGGAAAUGCUUUCGUAAACCAAUAACGCUUAGCGAACUUCACUUUUGGGCUAGCCGUGUUUUUCGUUUUGGUGCCUAGCUGCUUAAGCCACUAUGCAUGUGUUAAAAGAGUUGUGUUAAUUAUAAACGUGUAAUACACAUAUUUAAAAAUCAUAUGAUGUUAUCUUAAACUAACUGAAAGAUGACAGAAUCAUACUAGCUAAUUACACAGCUACAUUCGUUUUUGGAUGUACCCUGUACACAUUUAUUCGUAGUGGUAUCUGAAUUGAAAUACAUCUUGACCAGCUAAUCUUAUGUAUGUUGGUAGUUAUAACUCCAAAAGGUAUUUCGCUGCACAUCUCAAUUGUUUAUCCAGUUGGGUCGCCCCAAAUUCAUAGAAAAAAUGUUUGACUAUGAGUAAUUGCAACCAGGUGUGUAGGGUAUGAAAACUUGCAGUGUUGUUAGGCUAAAAAUAGGCUACACCUCUUGUCACCAUAGCUGCGGCAACAUGAAACGUUCCAUAAGCUAAAGUUGAUGUUGCAUAUUUUUGUGGAUUAACGUUACGGCGCCUUUAACAAUUCUUUGUUCUGCCAUUGGCAUUGUUGGUUUUGUUUUUUAAAUACCCUGCUCAUCACAUGGGAAUGAGAUCGAUUAUGCUAGCAUCAAACUGCAGGGCAAGUAAUAGACACGCUGAAAGUGGGGCCUCACGAAAGUAAUUUGAUGGAAUAGACCGGCCAUUUACGAUAUGUUAUAUUCAGUGUCCAUGAUAUCAUCUCCUGACAGUUGUCUGAGGGGAUGUUAGAACGCGCGCGACUGCAUUCACACCUGUCAGGAACACCAGCACACCUUUAUCGGAAAUAUCUGUGGAGCACAGGACAAGCUGCAGACCACAGUUUUCAUAGCCGACCGCAAAUGGGAGGAUUCGGCAUUCUUAUAUUGUCUAAUGUUUUCUUAACUUGGACGCUUUCGGCUUGUGUGCAUCACAGUGAAGCUAGCAUUGUUUUGGCUAUUGCAGGACUUGUGUCAAGCUUUGCUGAAGAUCAACUGAACAACCAUGCUCAGCCACAUUGCAAGCACCGUUUUUUUGUGGCCUGUUUUGGACUGAUAGUCUCUCUUUUGGACGGUAUAGUCUAUUAGAGCCUAGUAGAGCAGAAGGCUGAAUGAAAACCUACUGCCUCUCUCUAAGGCUACAUGUUAUUGCACAAACUCGCGGUUGGUUUCCUAUUGAGCGGGUUACUACCUGAAACUUUUGAUAAUGCACUGUAAAGAACUGUGAAGACGGUAUGUUAUUGGAACAACAGUAAAACACCAAUACGGAUCCAGUCUACAACUAUGCCUGUAAGAAAAGAAGGUGAGCAGAAACGUACGGUAAUUGGCAACAACAGGUGUCUCGCUACUGACCGCGCCGCAAGUGAAAACUGGCUGCCUUUCAGCACGUCUAUACCCAUAUCACCAUUUAGGUUAUACACAGCAAGGGCCCUAGGGCUUUUAGAAGACUAUUGUGCCAAUCUGAGGAAGCCAGAAGAACAACAGCUGAAAACUGCCAUUCAGAGAGUAAUGGGGGUCUUCAAAAGCAGCCUAUUCCAUGCACUCCUUGAUAUCCAGGAGUUCUACGAGGCAACGCUGCAGAACACCCAGAAGACCUGCGAGCAGAAGUUGGACGAGGUUAACCACAUGGCUGACCAGUGGGAAAAGACUGGCACAGGUUUCUCCACCACCGUGCUACAACACUCCUGCCCAACAGAGAACAGGCCGGCUGCGGUUCAGGGGUCCCCAAACAUUGGCCAGCCCGCGGUAUGCAUGAACCCUGCCUUGAUGAGCGCUCCCUGGCAGUACCGCUAUCAAGAUGAAGAUUCUCCGCCUGAGCACGGGUUCCCGCGGCUGGGCAAUGAGGUGCGCGCCCCUGAGCUUGUGCACGUAUCGGAGAAGAACCUCUCGGAGAUUGAGAACGUGCAUGGCUACGUGUCCCACUCGCAUAUAUCCCCGCUCAAGCCUGCACUGGUUACCCGUUUUGAUCUUACUUACCCGGGUGUGACUGCAGCAAACUACCUGGCCAGUCCUGCACCAAUAAUUGUCAACACAGACACUCUGGAGACCGUACCAUAUGUCAACGGGACUGAAAUUGAAUAUGAGUUUGAAGAAAUCACAUUAGAGCGGGGGAACUCAGGGCUGGGCUUUAGCAUUGCUGGAGGAACAGAUAACCCCCAUAUCGGCGAUGACCCGGGGAUCUUCAUCACCAAGAUCAUCCCUGGCGGCGCUGCAGCAGAGGACGGCCGGUUAAGAGUGAAUGACUGCAUCCUGCGGGUGAAUGAUACCGACGUGUCCGAGGUGUCCCACAGUAAGGCUGUGGAGGCCCUGAAGGUGGCCGGCUCCAUCGUCAGGCUCUACGUCCGCCGGAGGAGACCCAUGCUGGAGACUGUCAUCGAGAUCAAACUCAUCAAAGGGCCAAAAGGGCUGGGCUUCAGCAUCGCAGGAGGCGUGGGAAACCAGCACAUCCCAGGAGACAACAGCAUCUAUGUCACUAAGAUUAUAGAUGGCGGAGCGGCACAGAAAGACCAGCGCCUGCAGGUUGGAGACAGGCUACUUAUGGUGAACAACUACACUCUGGAGGAGGUGUCCCACGAGGAGGCCGUGGCCAUUCUGAAGAACACCUCGGACGUUGUCUACCUGAAGGUGGGCAAGCCCACCACUGUUUACUUGUCAGAUCCCUAUGGGCCACCUGAUAUCACACACUCUUUCUCUCCAGCAAUGGAAAAUCAUAUAUCUUCCGCGGGCAACAACGGCACUCUGGAGUACAAGUGCAGUCUCCCCCCCAUGCCCGUCUCCCCCGGAAGGUACUCCCCCCUCCCAAAACACUUACUCGGGGAAGAGGACAUAAACAGGUUGGAUGGUUUUUCCUUCUUACGAAAUGCCUCAAUAGAUGAUGGGGAGGGUCACAGGUUUGAGUCGCAGCACUUCCAGUUGAGGCCUCCUGAGCCUGUCUACAGCACUGUGAACAAACUGUGUGACAAAGCACCUUCUCCCCGCCACUAUUCUCCCAUGGAGUGCGACAAAAGCCUCCUCCACUCCAUACCCUUCCCUCACUAUCACUUAGGCCUGCUCCCUGACUCCGAGAUCACCAGGGAACCCAGGAAGAUGGUUCUCCACAAGGGCUCCACGGGACUGGGAUUCAACAUAGUGGGCGGGGAGGACGGAGAGGGCAUCUUUGUGUCCUUCAUCCUGGCUGGAGGGCCCGCCGACCUGAGCGGAGAGCUGCGGAGGGGAGACCAGAUCCUGUCGGUUAAUGGCAUCGACCUACGUGGGGCCACCCAUGAGCAAGCGGCUGCAGCACUAAAGGGGGCGGGACAAACAGUCACCAUCAUUGCUCAGUACCGGCCCGAGGAACUUGCUUUGUGCUCCCCGCGCCGGGCCCCUUCGCCAGCACCAGAGUAUGGACGGUUUGAGGCCAAGAUCCAUGAUCUGCGGGAACAGAUGAUGAACCACAGCAUGAGCUCUGGGUCCGGAUCCCUUCGAACCAAUCAGAAACGCUCCCUUUACGUCAGGGCGCUGUUUGACUAUGAGAAGGCCAAAGACAGUGGCCUGCCUAGCCAGGGCCUCAGCUUCCGGCACGGUGACAUCCUCCAUGUCAUCAACGCCUCAGACGAUGAAUGGUGGCAAGCCCGGAGGGUGACCCCCGACGGGGACAGCGAGGAGAUGGGGGUCAUCCCUAGCAAGAGAAGGGUUGAGAGGAAAGAACGAGCCCGUCUAAAAACAGUGAAAUUCAACGCCAAACCUGGAACCAUCGAUUCAAAAGGGUCAUUCAAUGACAAGUGUAAAAAGAACUUCAUCUUUACACGAAAGUUCCCCUUCUACAAGAACAAGGAUCUGGGUGAGCAGGAGGGCAGUGAUUCAGAACGGAGUCAAGAGGACAUGAUUCUCUCCUAUGAGCCUGUCAUUCGACAAGAGAUAAAUUACGCCAGACCUGUCAUAAUCCUCGGACCAAUGAAGGACCGAAUCAAUGACGACCUGAUAUCAGAAUUCCCCGACAAAUUUGGCUCCUGCGUACCACCUAACAGUUCAGGGCAAUCAGAUACUACUCGGUCAAGGCGGGACUAUGAGGUCAAUGGCCGCGACUACCAUUUUGUAAUGUCCAGAGAACAGAUGGAGCAGGACAUCCAAGAGCACAAGUUCAUUGAGGCGGGCCAGUACAACGACAAUCUUUAUGGAACCAGUGUUCAAUCGGUCAAAUAUGUGGCUGAGCGGCAGGGUAAACACUGCAUACUGGACGUCUCCGGAAAUGCCAUAAAACGACUACAAGUAGCACAACUCUAUCCCAUUGCCAUCUUCAUAAAGCCCCGGUCCAUCGAUUCCUUAAUGGAUAUGAAUAAGAGGUUAACAGAAGAACAGGCCAGGAAAACAUUUGACCGGGCAAUAAAGCUGGAGCAGGAGUUUGGCGAGUUUUUCACAGCCCUGGUUCAAGGAGACACCUUAGAGGACAUUUAUAACCAGUGCAAAAUGGUUAUAGAGGAGCAUUCAGGACCCUACAUCUGGAUCCCAUCAAAGGAGAAAUUAUGAGAACACAACAGGGCAGGGAGAUUGGACUGCUAGAAACUCAAAAUACUUUGUAAAAUAUGAUUGACAUUAUAUUGUUCAUAGUUAUAGCCAUUAAUAUGAUUUUGUUAUUGUUUCCUUUAUUCACUUUCCAUAUGAAUGUUCCUGAAUGUACACCACAAAGUUUAAGAAACAUUUUUGGCUUGGACUGUUUGUAUAUUUAAUGGUUUUUACUUUAAACAAAAUGCUACAGAAAUGAAAUAAACACGGGCAUGUGUUUACAGCGACACUGUGUGGAAUUUGAAAUGAAUAUUUGAAGAUGACAGAUACAGGAAAAACAGAUGAGUCAUUGCCACUAAAACGAAUGAGGGGAAGGAUAUAACAUCAGCUUCUUUUGCUUCUCUGCUCAACAGCUAGCACUUUGUGUCUAUCGACGCUCACUUACAUCAGUAGUUGACAUUUUGUGACUUUAGCAUCUAUGCACUCACAUGGCCCAUGGACGCAGUUCAACGUAGUCCUCGUAUUUUUACAUUGUUAUUUUUUAAAUGUAUUUCAUUAUGUGGUAAAUCCAGAUUUGUCUGAAAUUGUUUUAUUUGAAUUAGAAUUCUCGUCAACUGUAUUGUGUUUAUUUAUUUUUUUGAUUCUUCCUUAAAAAUACAAUUAUUGUUAAGAUGCUUUGAUUCGAAUGAAGAAUUAAGGAAUACAUCUCCAUGUGGAUGUAGGAAAUGUGACACUAUAUUUUGGUAUUUAUACUGAGAGGGCACAAGAGUACAGACAGAAUUUAUAAUGAAGAUACGUAUAUAUUACUUUGAUAAAAAAAAAAACCUCAUCUUUAACAUAGUGUGCUGUGUUAGGUUCGAUGGUGGGGUUAAUGGAAACCUGUUAAUAUAUGAGGGUUAAUGGAAACCUACUUCAUGUCCCUAGCUCUGGGAAGACAGAUACAUGCACUGUGGUAUGCCUGGAAGUAUAAGGUUGUAUUUGUAAAGCAUUGUAAUGCAGAGAAUUGUUUCCUGAAUGGCAAAAUAGCAAUUUUUCUCAAAGUAAUUCAGUAAUGUCAUCUUUGAUGGAUUACAAAUCCCUUUGCUGUGUGGUGUGCAUUUUAUGCCAUUUGCCAUCCCCAUCCCCAGAAUGUUAGGCUUUAGUUUUCCCUAACUAGCUGACAGAACCACCCAUUUAGGUUCUCUUCCUGCUUGAAAGGUUAUAGCCAGAACGCUCACAAUUUGCACAUUUUAUCAGCAAUUUAUUUUUCUGGCUGUUUCUGAUCACUGUAUUUUUCUUAAAAACAUUGCUGUUUGUGUCCUUAUUCGUGCAUUUAUCAAGCCUUUAUAACAGCUUUUUAACACCUUAAAACAAAAGCUUUAAUAAACCAUAUAUUUGAUAAGCUGCAAUAAGUAAUUAUAGUUAUGAGUAUGGUCAUAAGUUAUAAAACUUUAAUGGGUGUUAUAGACCUGUUUUCAGCUGUUAAUGACUACUAUUACAGUCAUGUUAUUACAUGCAACAGCUAUAGCAAACACAAAUAUUUUUACCUUUAAUGGAAUGAUGGCCGUAACAACCAUGGUAUAUGCUCUUAUAGUUAAUAAGCCGUUGAUUUGAAAGUAUCGCAAAACCAUUUGGGAUCUACUCUCCACUGUGUUCUCAUGGAGGGGGAAUUGAAUUUAUACAUAAUACACAUGUGAAUUGGACAAAUGCAAGCACCCACCUAUUAGUAGUAAUAUAAGAAUAAUAUAAGAACCCCUUAGCCAUGGUAUAUUGACCAUUUACCACACAGCCUUGUGCCUUAUUGCUCAAAUACAGCUCUUACAACAGCUUUAUGAACGCAUAAGGACACGCACAGUGAAAUGUUCAUUGUUUCCUUACAUUAAUGUCCAAUAAUUCAAAGUAUUGUAAUGUCCACCACAUUAUGUUGGUUAAACAUUGACAUGUGUUGCUGUUGUCUCUUUCAGGUUUGUGCUUUUUUUUUUUCAUCGCUGCUAGCUUGGGGCAGUUGUAACUGUUAGUUACUGUGACCCUGAGCCAGGUACCCAACUGAUGAUGGAAUUUUGACUUUAAAGUCCCAUUGCAGUCUUUGUAAUUUUCAUCAGUGCAUGUCUAAUAAAUCAUUGUGUAUAUUGGAUUAAAAUAAUUCCAAAAUAUAUUUUUAAUCACUGAACCUCAUCAUUGGUCUCUGAAAUGCUCAUCCUAAUCACACUAAAAACUAAUUUGAGGAAGUUUUAAUACACUGCGCUUAUUGGCUGAUAAAAUGUUCUAGAGCCAACCCUCUUAUCCAGAUAACCAGUCACUGGUUUAAUUAAUAAACAAAUCACAAUUGAAACAUCACAAAGUAGGCCAAAUUUCCCCACCCCAGCCAAAGAAGCUGAAAUUUCAGUAAUUUGUUUUAACAGCUUUUACACAAAAAGGCCAUUACAAUAACUUUCCAAACUGUGUUAUCAUACAAGACUGUUAUUAAAACCUCAUAGUGUAGAAUAAGAAAUCACAUUUUUGACUGCACUGGGUCUUUAAGAUUUUAUGAAUUCUAAUACAUUUGUUAUACUGUAGGCCUACAACUAAUGACUUUAACCUAAAAUCGGGUCUUGUAGAGUUCAUAUGAAAUCCAACUAAAUUGUAUUCACUGGAAAGGAACUGGUAUGUACAAAUGGUACAUACCAGACUCAUCGUACUAUACAAAAAGUUGGCUGGAAUAUAAAUAGAAGCAUGGACACAUUCUCAGUACAAAAACAUACAAAUCAAAUAAAUACAUCAACAGUUUUUAGAUAUUGGCAAAAGCUAGAAGAUCCUCUCAGAUUUAAGAGUGUUCUGCCUAAGCCUGGAGGUUAGGGGUGUUAUACUGAUCACUUGUGUAUGUGUUACGUUAAAAGUUUUUUCAGUCCUUAUUAUUAAUAAUAUUGUAAUUAUUAAGGGGUUUGGUGCUUUCUACACUGAUCUUCCCACAGACUCUUAUUGUCCUUUUCAGUGGGUUCUGACAUGGUCCCUAAAGCACUGAAACGGAUCAUAUUAAAGGUGACCGAUUCUCUCUAAAGCAUUUAUGAAAUGCUUGGAGGGUUGAUUGCUGUAAAUUAAACUUCCUCGAUGUCUGUUGGAAAAACAGGCGUUGUUGAUAUUUUCAGUGAAUGUUUUCUGUGUUUCCAUUGCCAGAGUGCUUGUCAAUAGUUGUUCAUAUGAAUUUGUGGUCCGCCACUUGCUAAACGUUCUGUCUGUUAAUAUCAAGUACAGGGAUGGAAGAUUUAUCCACACUGCAUUUAAAGUGGUGCUUUCAGGUCAAGGUAGUUCUGCCUACAACACAAUGAAAACCCGUCAAAUGCAAUAUCAUUACAUACGUUUAUGAACGUUUAUGAUUUAGAAAGAAUGUUUUCCGAAUUAAAUGUUGAUUGUUUUU